AUGGACUCAAUAGAUGAACAAAUAAUCACGAAGCGAAAAGAACUGCAGUCGUUGCAGAAGAUAACGAGCCUGACCGAUGGACUGAAACUUCAACUAGUCAAGCUGAAUGAGCAAGUCAAAGAAAUGGGUACAAAUGCGGAAGCAGUUGCGCAGUUGAUGAACAAUUGGGACUCUAUAAUAAACAAUAUAUCACAGGCUAGUUUGGGCUUGCUACAAUACGCGGAAGGUGAUUAUGAGAUAGGUCCAUGGGAAGAUUCUAAGAAACGUGAGUCUGAACAGCAAAGGGAGAAAGAUCUAGGAUCCCACGAGAAAAACGAGAAUGAUGACGAUAAUGACGAAGAGGAAGAUCUGGUACCCUUGCCUGAAACUAUGGUCAGGAUCAGGGUAGAUGGUAACGAAUAA